AUGCGUGUCACUUCCGCUCUCUGCUCUGCUACCCGCACCCCUCUCAUUCGCUUCGUCGGAAAGCGUUCCAUCCCUAAGUCGGUUGACCACGCUCCUCGCGCUCACCCCGCUUCCCCCACUGGAAGCCUUCCCAACUCCUUCGCUGCCUACCGCGCCAAGGCCCAGCAGCACGGUCCCCUCGGCCGCGCUUCCUUCAACAGCACCAUCGGCGGCCACUCGGGCGCGUCGCUUGGCUCCAUCAAGCCCCAGAGCGGCGAGUUCUUUGACCGCGCUGAGCUCCCCUCGCGUUUCGGUCGUCUCCCCUGGACCCAGGCUGAGAUGGACGCCAUCGAGACCGGCGGCGCCAGCAUGUUCGCUUAA